GUUACAUGGAGUGUGCGUAACUUGACACGUUAGCAAAUGGCAAACGAGAAGGCGUUUAAUGUUCAGUCUGCUUAUUCAGAUCUCAACAAGGCUUGUAGUGCUCAAGCGUACGAUAAGAUUAUAAAUAUCUCUGGGAAAAUUCUUACAAAGUAUCCUGGUGAGACUAAAGCUUUCCUGUGCAAGGUUGUUGCCCUUAUUCGAACCGAGAAAUACGAAGAUUGUUUGAGUUUCUUGAAAAGAAACCCAACACUAUCUAGUCAUGUCAUCUUUGAGAAAGCUUACGUUGAAUAUAGACUUAAUCGUCUCACUGAAGCCGCAAAAACUCUUGAAUCAGCCGAGGCAAACGAUCCAAAAGCUCAGGAACUAAAAGCGCAAGUGUUGUACAGGAAAGGUGAUUUUGCUGCUGCAUACGCCUACCUACGGUCAGUGAUUCGAAAUUCUCAAGAUGAUUAUAGUGAAGAACGGCUCGCGAAUCUAACGGCGGUGGCUGCUGCUGAAUCAUGCUUUAAUAACACUAAUCUGGACCUAGAUGUUAACCCCCAAAUGUAUGAAGGAAAGUUUAAUCUGGCAUGUUAUCAUCUUGGACGUGGUGACUGUCAUCUGGCAUCCAGAUUGUUAGAUGAUGCUGAAAAUACUUGUAAUCUGUGUCUCUCUGAAGACCCGGAAUUAACUGAAGAGGAGAAGAAUGAAGAGUUAGCUCCUAUAAGAGUUCAGCGAGCUUAUAUUUUGCAGAUCAAUAAGGAAGAAGAAGAAGCGAACCAGGUGUAUCAAUCAGUCAUUCGACAAAGAGCUUCAGAUACUGCUCUUCUAGCAGUGGCUGCUAACAAUAUUGUCUGUAUCAAUCAAGAUCAAAAUAUAUUCGACAGCCGUAAACGUAUUAAGAUGGCUUCUACAGAUGGUUUACAAUUUAAGCUUUUUUCGCGCCAACGUACUGAUAUGCUUAUCAACCAAGCUUUGUUUUACUGGUACACGAACCAAAUGGAAGCUUGUACCGCAAAGCUACGUACAGUUUUACAAGAGGAGUUAAGUCCAAGAGCUUUGCUUUUAUCGGCCGCUCAGUUAGUUAAAGAGAAAAAUAUUGAUAAAGCAGUUUUACUCUUGGAAAGUUAUUUGUCCAAUAUUACUGGUAAUCAGGUAGAUGCGGAAAUCCCUUUAGCUUUGGCUCAAAUAAAUCUUCGCCGAAUAUCUGCAAAUCAUUUGGGAACCGGUAGUCCGCAACCUAAAAAUGCAUUAAAUGUAGCCCAAAUGCUUGAAAACAUUCUUCCCCAGCACUUAAUUCAUUCUCCCGGUGUUUUGUCAACACGGAUCUCUUUAUAUCUUUUAGCGAGCUCUGGUGAAAAUGCUGUACAAACACGUCCCGAUAGCAUGAAACAAAUAGUCAAUUGUAUUGAAUCAACCCUUCAUUAUUAUGAAGAGUUAGGAGAACAGGUAAUUCUCUUCCCUAUAUAUAAUGAAUUGAAGAUAAUUUCCGAAUCAACUUGUUGAUGUUUUCCAGUCCGAACUUUGAUACUUGUAUUUUCUACUCUUGGUAUUCAUGUGAAAAACAAAAAUGGGUGAAACUUGAAUAUUAGAAAGUUUAUUACUAAAUGUAUUCGUGGUUUGUCAUUCUUCGUCUUUUAUGAUUUGAUUGUUGUAUCUCAUAUGAUUUUAUACAUCAUUUAUUGAGUUCAUGGCAGUCUAAAUGCAGCUCGAGAAGUUUUAUUAUCAUAGGUGAAAAAAUGGAUUUGACUGAUAUUAUUUAAACUAUUGGUUUCUAUUCUCAGGACUUAAACUUCAUAUAAAUAUCGUUACAACUCUGAAUGAAUAUGUAAUGUAGAGUCUCUAAUUAUUGUUCUAAGGCCUUUAAAACCCAACGUUCGCACCACUUUGAGUACUUUGUCAAAUAUCGGAAAGCGUCAUUGGAACUGAACUAUUUAUUUUUGUUAUCAUCAGUAAGACUAACAUUUGAAUUUAAUUUUAACUUGUAUUAAAUUUUCCAUUUGUUGGACUUCUUUGAUGGAUACUUUUAUGCGACUUAAACUAUGGUUUUCUGGAUGGAUGUCUUCAGAAUGAAACUUAUUCACAUUUGUUGGAUAAUUGUGCUGGAUUUCUUCUGCAACAAGGUGAGGCAAAACUUGCGGCUGAAAUUCUUGAAAAACAGUUAGCCCGACUUGAAUCAAACGUUUCUCAAGAAAAACAAAAUAGUUUAAUCAAACAAGUACUGGUAGCUCGUUUGGUACGUGCCUACGCACAGUUUGAUCGUCCUAAAGCCGAACAAACCUGUAAAUCAUUACAAGCUAAAGAAUCCCUCUCAGAGGCUGAUGUAGAUACUUUGGAAACUACAUUUUUAUAUGGAGCAAAGUCUUUAAAACGGCUUGGCAAACCCAGUGAGCCAACGGAUAUUUCAGACAAGGGCAAGUCAAAACGAAACCAAAUAAAAAAAAACAUUUCUAAUACUCCUUCCUCAGAUCCUGGUGUGCAGCAGGUUACUUCGCGUUCUAAGCGUAAAAAGAAGAAGAUUCGCCUGCCAAAGAAUUAUCAGCCAGGAGUUAUGCCUGAUCCUAAUCGUUGGUUACCCCGACGAGAACGUACUCACUAUCGUGGCAAACGUCGUGACAAGCGAUUUGCUCCUACACGCGGUCCUCAGGGUCAAAUAACUGGAGAAAGUGAAUGGGAUGCUGCUAUACGUAGUCCUAAAGUCAAAGUUCAUGAAGACGGUUCAGCAGGAUCUACUCCUAAACAAAUGUCUAAUACAGCUAAACAGCAACAAAAGAAAGGUCGUAAGAAAGGCCGAUAAUAUUACCAAGACUAAAUAAGACAACAGAAUAUCUAAUUAAUCUGUAAUUUUUUGAUCGUGUAAUAUAUAUAAUGUAUUGUGCAUCUAUGUACAUGUUAUUUGUACUGUAAUAUUUCUUUUUGGUUCAAAUUCUGGAAACAUUUGUAUGUAUACCUAGUGAAAUAUAUUUGUUUUUAUUAGAUAAUUCCGUUUGACAGUAUAUUCUUAAUAAUUAAAGCAUCAUUUUCAUGGGUUACAACCUUUAAUUUCUUAUCAUUUAUUUAAUAUUCAUUAUAAGUGUAGUGGUUGUUAGUCUUUUUCAUUAUACUUGUUCUUGGAAGGUUAUUUCUUUUUUUUCUUCUUCAUUGUAUCACUACAUAUUUAUUUGGUCUUUAUGAAUUAUAUUUUUAUUUGGUAUUCAUGAGUAAGAAUUAACGGUGUUACCACUUCCUAAUAUUGUU